UUACAGGAUAUUAAACUACCAACUGAGACCUAUGUACUUGGUUUUUGGGAAGGCUAUCGAAUUCGUGGUGUCUAUGGAAUGAGUGACUGUCAUACAGUACUUGCCUCUGAUACCCACCACAGGCUACGAAAAUAUCGAUUCGACAAUCGUGAAGAUGAAACUGUUUUCACGGAGGAAGUGCCAAUUAUAUCCUUCCGGGUGCAUCCGAAUGAAAGAUUUGUUCUUACCACAACACAACGGAAUCUCCGUAUGUGGGAUCUCCAGACAAAGACACUUGUGAGGAAUUUCUACGGAGCCCAACAAGGAAAUCUUGUUAUUCAUGCUGGAUUUGGUGGAAUAAAUCAUGAAUAUCUUGCGACGGGAACUGAAGGUGGGAGUGAGGUAAUGUUAUUUAACAAUCAUAAGGUUAUCAUCUGGGGUGUUGGCAAUAGCAAACAUGCAUUGAAAUUGCGAGGGCACAGACGUGUGGUUAACGGAGUUACAUGGAACCCGAAGUACUCCACCCUACUGGCAAGUUGCUCUCAGGAUGGAACUGUGCGCAUUUGGAACAUUGCACGCAAUAAUGAAAAGAAAACGGCGCUAGCUUAUGAAUCUCAUGUAUGGUUGUGUUCUAUUCCUCAUCUGGUCACUUAUGCAUGCAUGGUCGUAGGAAACUACGAUUUGUGUCUUUUCCAUGUGAUAGGGUACCUUUUGUACCAGAACUCCUUUUCAUGUAUCAUGUAUUUUGUAAAAUAUCGCUUUUUCUGUGCCUUAUGUCUUUAG